AUGGGGCGGCGCGCAGCCCGUCCUGAGGGGCGGGAGCGGGUCGGCGUCCGGCCAGACCCCUGCGGAACCGAAAAUACCGAGGUUCGGGAGCCGAAACACUGGCCGGCGGUCAAUGAAUCAGCUAAACAGUUAAUGAGUGCUGGCAGCAGUGAAGAAGAUAUAGAUGACAUUAUUGAUGAAAUCUGUAAUGAAAGCAGCUUUGCCAAAACACCUCUGAAAUUGAAGUCUAACUCUGCAAGUCUCACUCCUGAAAGCAAUAGUGUUGUUGUACAGGCUCAUAGGAAAAGAUGCUGUCCAGUGUACCUGGGUGGAAGCUCUUCACCAUAUGGCAUAGGAACAAAUAUUUCAAAAAGAACGUGUGAUCAACUACGUUGCACUGCUUGUGACUUCCGUGUGUCGCUUUUCAAUGACUACAUCUGGGAUCAAUCCUGUGAUUAUCUUUUUUUCAGGAAUAACAUGCCUGAGCUCAGUAAACUAAGAGCAAAGAUGAUAAAGAAGAAAGGAGCACGAGCAUAUGCUUGUCAGUGCAGCUGGAGAUCCAUUCAUGAACUAACUGACCUCCAAACAGACCAGCAGCUUCGGUGGGUUUGUGGUAAACAUGCAGAAUGA